AUGGGCACUCUGAAGGACGAAAUGAGAGGUGUGAGUGAGGACCAGCUGCUUGGUGAAAAAGCAGAAGACCAAGAGGACUCAAGAAGCUCAGAUGGCAGCAGCACCGCGACCGAAGCCUUUCGGAACAGCACUGGCGUGGAGUCAACAAGCCCAGCGAAUGAAUCAACAAUGGACUACAACCACGAUGAUUCUUGCGCAAAAGCAGACGCAGCACUCAAUGUGCAAAGCAUCUCGGUGGCGGUACCAUCUACUCCUGAUCCCACAGAUCCUCGAUCACCUGCGCCUUUUGGACAACAGCACAUGCGCACACAGGUGAGCCUUGAGGUGGUCCAGUGUCACUCCGCCGCCACCAGCCCCAUGUCACCUCCGGAGGGCUGCCAUAACAGCUCCUUCUUCUUCCCAAGCUCCUUUGCGAAAGGUGAAGCUGUGGGAACUGACACUAAAGAUGCAGAGCUUCAAGUUGGCCAAGAAGUCGAAUAUAGCUCAGUCGCCACAUCUCCCAUGACCCCUAGAACGCCCUUUUUUAGCACUUUCCCAUCACUUCCGAGUCAGGAAUCAGCACAAAAGAAUAGUGAGGAGUCUCAGGGUUGCCAAGUUGGUUCCUCUAAGUCAGAGGUCAGAUCUAAUGAGGAUUUGGGUUGUAGUGGCACCCUGGUAAGCUCAGCCAACUGCCACACUGGUAAUGUGAAUCCAGAGGGUAAGCCGCAGCGAAUGGGGAGUAUGGAUCAAGACAUUACAAUCCUAGUGACCCACCAUGGCAACAAUGGGGAAGACGAAGAAGAUAGCCAGUCCAAUGAUCAAAGUCCGGCAGAGUCAGAAAUGGUGAAACUAGCGGAGGAGAAGGAGGAGCAGAGUCAGGAUGAAAAUGUUGCUCAGAACAUUUCAAAAAGCACAAUAGAAGCACAAGAGGUCCCUGCAAAGAGUGAUCUCAAGUCUUCUCACUCACUGGAAGCCCAAGACCCGAAAGAUGUGGUACCAGAAUCACCUGCUCCGUUUGGCUGCCACAACAUGAGGACUCAGGUGAGUCUGGAGGUGGUUCAGUGUCACUCAGCUGCCACCAGCCCCAUGACACCUCCAGAGGGGGCCCAGGCCUUCUGCUUCCCCUCUGAAGUGGGCGCUGAGACCAAAGAUGCUGAGCUGCAGGUGGGGACACAAGUGGAGUAUCGGUCAGUGGCUACAGCACCCAUGACCCCACGGACGCCCACCGCUCCCAGCUUUCCUGAAAUAGGCAAGUGUCACAGCAUUGAGGAAAAAGUUGUGGAGGAAGAGGAGGGCGCUGCAGAGGAGGAAGAUGGAGAUGACAAAGAGAGUGAGGAAAGUGAGGGAGGGGAAGGAGGCGAAGAGAAGCAAUCAGAGGAGGAAGACAAGCCAGAAGUGGACACCAAUGAGGACCAGAGCGAGGAGCCAGUGCAGGAGGUGAGCUGGGAUGAGAAGGGCAUGACGUGGGAGGUGUACGGGGCUGUGGUGGAGGUGUCUGUCCUGGGAUCAGCCAUUCAGAAACACCUGGAGAAACAGGUGAAAAAGCAGAAGAAGCAGAGCCUGCCCCCUCCGCCUCCUUUAAACCCCACGGCCACGCCCCUCACCCCCUUGGAGGCGUCGCCCAGGGCAACAUGCAUCGGGAAAGGACGGGGAAACAGAACGGAACAGAACCGUCGCCGCCGCAGGAACCCGUUUAGACAGAUGAUGGAGAACAUCCAGCAGCCACACUGCUGCUCCAGAGCACAUAGCUCUGAGUGA